CAUUUUCUCGUAAAGCAUGACGUUAACAGCAUCUCAAGGUUCUCAAGUCUCAGCCGUUAAGGCAAGACCUCAUCCGUAUGAGAAGAAGGACUCGGAGAGUUCAGAUAAAAUUUUGUCAAAGAGCGAUGGUUCUCACAUCUUUAAAUUACCAUCAAGGCCAGUGCCUCUUUCAAAAAGUGCUAGAAUAAACAGGAAACUCAUUGGAAAAAAGCCCCAACAACAGCAGACUAAUGGUACACCAACUCCUUCUGAUAUCCAAAAUUUCAUCCUUCUUGUCGAAAAGUUUUUACAAGCAACAAAACAACCUAAUUCGGAUUUUAAAAAAGGCAAUGAAAAGUGA